AUGCUGUCGCUGCUCAUCGAUUCCAAGGUGCGACUUCCCAGGUGGCCGGUGUCCGCGCACAACGUGGACACGAAACGAGACCUGCGGCACGCACAGGGCGAAAGGGACUUCUUCCUGACGGUGGUCAGGGACAUCGCCACCGACCUGGACCUGAAGUCUCUGUCGCAAAAGAUCGUCGAUGACCUGGCCGUGUUGCUGGAUUGCGAUGCAGGUUCGCUGUUUCUCGUGGACGGGCCACCGCGAGGCUCCCGGCGCCGGUGCCUCGUGUCCAAGGUGUUCGACGUGCACAGCGGCGCCUGUGGCCAGUUCCUGUUGCCGGACGGCGUGCAGUGCGAAGUGGCCGGUGGUCCGCCCACGACCACCGACAACGAGGUGCGCAUCCCGUGGGGCGUGGGCAUACUCGGCCACGUCGCGUCCACCGGCGAGACGGUCAACCUGGACGUUGCCUGCGAGGACCCGAGAUUUGACGACGAGGUAGACCGCAUAAUGGGAUACUACACUUCAUCGUUGCUGUGCAUGCCGGUGAAAAAUUCGUACGAAGAGAUAAUAGCGGUGGCGCAGGUUAACAACAAGAACCCGGACAAGGACGGAGGGCAUUUCACCAGCAUGGAUGAGAAGCUUUUCGAGACGUACUUACAGUUUGUCGGUAUAGCUAUUACAAACGCACAAAUCGUCGAAGACUCCCGAGCUGAAUACGAUCGAAACAGGAACUUGUUGGAAGUGGUGCACGAUCUGUUCGAAGAACAAACAUCCAUCGACAAAGUGAUCAUGAAGAUAAUGCAGAGGGCCCAGAGGCUAUUGAAAUGCGAGAGGGCGGCCGUGUUGCUCGUGGAUGAGUCGUGUGACAGUACCAGAUUCUCUAAGCUGUUCGAUUUGAACUCACCCAAGCACAAUAUAAAAAAUAACGUUAAAAAUUCCAGGCAAAAAGUGGAAGGCGAGAACGUAUCGCGAUACCUGGAGAGCCUUGCUGAGAGGGUGGCUUGUUCAGGGGAGGUGCUGAACAUCAAUGAGCACGAGUGCAGCGAGGGAAUCGUAGAUUCGGGAAUCAACUCGCUGUUGGCAAUGCCCAUCAGGAAUAAAAACGACCAAAUAAUCGGUGUCGCCAGUAUAAUCAACAAAUUGAAUUCGUCGCCAUUCGACGAUUACGACGAACAGUUGUUCGAGGCUUUUACAAUAUUCUGUGGACUGGGAAUACACAACACACUCAUGUAUAGUGAAGUAGAAAAGGCGAUGGCCAGGCAAAAAGUCUCCAUUGAAGUUCUAUCUUAUCACGCGACAGCUUCUAACAAAGACGUGGAACGUAUACUGGGCAUGCCGGUACCUGCUGCUGAUUCGUUGAAUUUGUAUUCCCUUGCGUUCGACGAUUUUUCACUUAACGAUGACGAAAUGCUGAUGGCGGCCGUGAGCAUGUUUUUGGAACUAGGACUCGUUAAAACGUUUAACAUUGAAAAAGAAACACUAUAUCGGUUCCUGAUCACGGUGAAACGCAACUACAGGGACGUGCCUUAUCACAACUGGAGACACGCUUUCAAUGUUGCUCAAGUCAUGUUCGCUAUUAUGAUGGGAUGUGACAUGAAAAAUACGUUCUCCGAUCUCGAAGUGUUGGGAAUGUUUGUGGGAUGUUUGUGUCACGAUCUCGAUCACCGGGGCACAAAUAAUUCCUUCCAGGAAAAAGCCAGAUCAGCAUUAGUUUUAUUGUACGGUACUACAAAUACAAUGGAACACCAUCAUUUCAAUCACGCAGUGAUGAUACUCAGCAGUGAGAACCUCAAUAUAUUCUCGAGUCUAUCUGCGGAAAGUUUUUCAACUGUGAUGAAAGUAUUAAAACAUAGUAUACUAGCCACUGAUCUUUGCAUGUACUUCCAACUGAGAAACAAGUUCUUCCGGCUAAUCGAGUCUAAAGAAUACAGUUGGGACGAAGACUCGCAACGAUACUUGCUAAUGGCGAUGUUGAUGACAUCGUCCGACUUGGCAGCGUCUACAAAGCAAUGGCACGUUCAAAAGCGAGCCGCUAGACUGGUGACAGAUGAAUUCAUCGAGCAAGGCGAUAAGGAAAGAUUCGAGUUAAAAAUCCAGCCACAAGCUCUCAUGGACAGAGAGAGGCAGCACGAACUUCCACAGUUGCAGAUCAGAUGGAUCGCAGACAUAUGUCUGCCGUUGUACCAGGCAUUGGGGCAAAUGAAUCCAAAACUUAACGUUAUGAAGGAAGGAGCAAUGAAUAAUAUGCACCAGUGGAGCAAAUUGGUUGACGAAAACUACAAGAACGCAAACGGGGAGCAAAAAUAA